AUGUUCAAGGUGGUUCGCUACCUGUUCGUCUUGGCUUGUGUAUGUAUUGCGGUGGACUACCUUUUUUCUCAAGGGAACAAAUCUUCUGAUGGCGGCAAAAACCGUGAUGUCAAUGCAGAUGGGAAUGCGGAGGAUGUCUCUGUUUGGAGAAACUUAGAUGGAAUCAAUUUUCAAGCAUGGGGCAGAAAGUUGAAAGAUUUGCCGGACGAGAUUGUCGAAAAAACAGAAGAGACUCGUACCAAGCGUUCAGAGACUACAACCCAAUCAACAGUGGAGAACGGAAGGCGGUAUAUUACCAUUGACAUCAGAAAAACCUUCAUGGGACGUAUAUCGGCGGCGUCUUUCAUAUCCUGGCCAUGGUACCCGGUUGAUUCGAGGCUCGUGGGCUUUCCUUUUGGUGGAAGAGGUCAAAUGAAACACAUUUAUGGAGAGGAUAUCAAAAAGAAACGGUCCCUCGCAAUUGGCAGAUCAUUCUGGCGUCCAGGAAAACGUUUUUCUCGAUUUUCUCGCAUUGGAUCAGGCAACGCCAUUACAAAGUUGGUGCGAUUCUCAAACUUGGAUAAUAAUUGA